AUGAGUCGCAAUCUGUGCGACGAAACUUUCCCCGCCAGCUUGCUGAUAGAGUUCGACGAGCUGGACGAUGAAAUUCCCAUUAGUCCGGAACUCCCGAAACGUCAUCAACCUGAACACUUCUUGCGGGACCGUACGACGCUAUCCAAUGGUAAAGGGAUUGCAAACCAACAGACCAAUAUGGACGAUCGUAACGGAUCUCGCAUGGUAAUCUCGGGUUCAUCGAACACUUCCAGUGGUCAUUCAUCACUUUCGACCGAAGGGGAAAACCGAAGUGCCUCGAGCGAUCGCGAUACAAGCCGCGAUUUAAGCAAACGGCUACCGUUGGCUGUAGGUCCUGGAGCGCCGAUACUACUUGGUGAUGAUCAGCAGUCAGCGAAAUUGUCACUAAAGUCACGAAAAAUUCGCCAACCCCGGUCCAUGGAAAGCUUGCUCCAGAACCAGGGACCCUCAGUUGGACGACUAAAGAUAUCGUCCCCAUUAGGAAGUGGAACCGGUCUUGGAGCUGGCAAGGGGAUGGGAGGUGGAAGCACGGGUAAUGUGAGUGUGAGUAGUAUUGGUGGCACCGGGCAGCAGCACUACCAUCGUCACCGAUCGAAGUAUGGGCAUGUUCAGAGCAAGGUCAAGCAGAUGAUCGACGAAAUGAAACCACCGACCAACCGGGAGCGAAAGACGCUCGUGCGACAUAAGUCCAUGCCCGAAACCUCGUUUGAUGUCGAUUUAAAUCACGAGGAGAACGAAACACUCGAGCAGGAAAACGACGUGGAAACGCUGCGAUCAGUCGUGCGUGAGAUGCGACUACACAUGAGCAGCCUGGAACAGGAGCUGACCGUUUGUCGUACGAAUCUGUUCAACGAGCUGGCAACACUCAAGUGCAAGAAUAAUGCGUUGCGCAUGGAGAACGAUCAUCUGCUCGAGCAGGAGCGUGCUAGGGAGCAGCGCCGGCAGCUGCUACGUGAGCAACAGAGCGCUGGAUCCUGCUACGGUAGCCAAUCAUCGCUCUACAAAGCAUCCGUCGGUACAACUUGCACCGUAGCCACACAAACAAGCCCAUCCGGUACGGGUGAUAACGAGUCACAUUUUGAAUUUCUACUGGCCAGUCCUUUACCAACCUCCCAUCCAGCCGUCCCACCCCAAACGUCCUCCUCGACCAUUGAGCUGGAAUCGGCGGUGGGCGAAUUUUCUCCCGACUACGAGCAACUCAUACCGAUGCUGGGACGGAGCGGUACUUCUACGGUGUUUGGGUCCAGCAUCCGGAACCGGGAGUUACGCCGUACGCCGUCCUUCCGAUCGCCGGCUGGUCGGCGGUCUGAGUCGGGCCAGGCAGGUGAUUGUGCACUCAGUCCUACCUGUCACGAUUGCAGGCGACGCAAGAAGAAGCGUAAAUCGCGCAAGCAAAAGCUUGCCAGCCUGUUCUGUAUUCGCCAUCACGAUGAGUCACUGUAG